AUGAACUCUCGAACCGGCUUGUGGCAGCUGACCAAGCUUACCAUCCAAUAUUGUGACACCUCGUAUCACUCUCGUGGUGCACGCGAAUUUGUAGAGAAGUUUGUUCCAACAUUGAAGGAGAAGUACUCUCAGAUAGAGUUUGUUGUCACGCAAAAGAAAGGGCGUCCAGCAUGCAUGGAAGGAUUCUAUCGCAACGGGAGAAACAAGCCAGUUGGUCUGCACAAACAAGAUGCCGAGUGGAUCAAUGAACGUUGUAUGCUGCUGCUACAUCAAUGGGGAGGGAAGAACAUCACACACAGUGGGAAGCGUGUGAGGUCGGAAACACCGAGCGUUCAAGGCAUGUGGACUCCUUUCCUCAACAGAGAGUGA